UUAAUAAUCUCAAUGAUGGCAAUCUUUGGGAGAUAUAAUGGCUCUUGAGGAGACACAAGAUAAAUGCGUGUGUUCAUAAAUAUAGGCUGAAUCCCCUACUCACCAGUCAGUCCAUUGAGACUCCAAGUCGCGUGAACAUCUGAAGAAGAUGGACGGGGGUAGAGGUGCUUUUGUUAGGCAGUACACAGCAGCAUUUUCCGGCACAUUGAUUAUGGUCACAUCAGCCGCUAUCUAUGGCUGGACUUCACCCACACUCCCCAAACUCCUCGCUGACGAUUCUCCAAUUCCCACGACGCGCGAUGAGAGUUCAUGGAUUGUUUCCUUUAUGGUGAUUGGCUCUCUGUUGGGGCCCUUCAUUUCAUUCUUUAUCGUAGACAGAUUUGGACGUAAGAUUUCCCUUCUCGUGGCCACAAUUCCCGUGAUAAUUGGCCUCAUUUUAGUACUCGUGGCUACCUCACCAGCUAUCCUCUAUGUAUCAAGGAUUUUCUGUGGCAUCACCUACGGCAUGGCGUACAUGGUGAUGCCAAUGUAUCUGGGAGAGAUUUCAUCAGAUAAAAUUCGUGGAUCCAUUGGGACGUUGCUAACAGUGAUGGCCAAAUUUGGGAUACUCUAUGUUUAUGCCUUUGGACCGUAUGUAUCCAUAACGCUACUCGCAUGGAUUCUCCUUAUUCUUCCAGCUCUCUUCAUUGCAACAUUCAUCUGGCUUCCAGAGUCUCCGUACUUCCUGCUGCUGCGCAAUCGCCAAGAUGCUGCCGAGAAGAGUCUCAAGUGGUUCCGACAAACUGAUGAUGUCUCCCAGGAGAUCACGCAAAUGAAUGAAUCCGUGAAGAAGGCUCAAGCAAAUCGUGCCACACUCCGAGAACUUUUCACCGUUGGCAAUAGGAGAGCUUUGAUCAUUGUCUGGGGUAUGGGAGCAUGUCAGCAACUUUGUGGCAGUCAAGCUGUCAUUGCGUACUCCCAGGAGAUCUUUGAGGAGGUUGCAAAUGGCCUUAGUGGCAGUGAAUCCGCCAUUAUUAUGGCCGUUGUGCAACUCAUCACAGCUGCUCUUUCAUCCUCAAUUGUUGAUCGUAUGGGACGAAGGCCACUCCUCCUUCUCUCCACAGCCGGUGUAACAGUUUGCAACGUUGUCGUCGGACUCUACUUCUUCCUCCUCCACAAGGGUGUGAAUCUGGAUGCACACGCCUGGCUUCCAAUAACCUUCCUCAUGAUUUUCAUUGUAAUGUACACCAUUGGUCUGGCCACGGUACCCUUUGCCCUGCAAGCUGAACUCUUUCCCACCAACAUUAAAGCUCUUGCAACAGGAUCCGUGGUCAUUGUUGCCCUGGCAAUUAGUUUUGGUGUCCUUAAGCUGUAUCAGGUUGUCUCCGAUGGACUUGGGAUGCAUGUUACCUUCUGGGGAUUUGCCGUAUUUUCCCUUGCCUUCGUCAUCUUCACGUACUUUCUCAUCCCCGAGACAAAGGGACGAUCACUCGAUGCCAUCAUACAAGAUAUGAAUGCCCCAUCGAGCAAAGGAAACGAUAAAAAAGACAAAAAUGACGAGACAGAGAAUAAAGAACAAAUUUCGUAGUUGAUGCGUUUUCGUACGACCACCACUGUUUACUACAAAUUCAUUUUAAUAACGAUAUACUAACAAUAACAUUGAAAAAAGCAAUAAUUUACUGUUUGUUGCAUGUAAAUUGAACCCAAUUACCAUUUAGGAGCUCAUUAGAAAAGAAAAGAACUUCUUGCAAAAGGCUCAAAAGCAAAUAUCUGUCCUUCGCUCCAACACAUCGAGGGCAACAGGUGGCAUGAGAUUGGCCACUUUAACUUCUCUAAGGGAAUUUCUGUGUGAUUCAAGCGUACUGGCAUCCCGGAGUGUUUCAUGCAGGAGUAUUGCUGAGCCCCUUGGGAGAUUAAGUAGAAUACAUGAAUCAGCAAUACUACGAAAAGAAGAAGAGAAUUUUCAGAUAAAACAAUUAAAUGGGAUGUCUUUGGCCUCCUCAUGACGCACCUCUUAAAUUGUAACUCUGGCUUCCGGACGUACUGCCCGAAGAGUGGGAAAAGGUUGCGUGUCAUGUCAAAUUGGAAUUGUGCUGCACCCCCCGUUGAAAAUUUCGUAUUCAUAAUCAUGCUGUCCAAGAAGAAAUCAUCCAGUUGGUGCGCAAUGAGACGCAAGACAAUCCCAAAAAUAUUCGCAGACAGCUCCGUCUCGAGAUUAUGCAGCACCUGCAUCAUAAUGUGGAACAUCUCUCCAGCAGUUACGCUGAGAAUGAAAGGUUCCUUGGCAUUCUGUUCGGGCAUCGUGACCCACAAAUCAUGACGAUAUGGCAUUGAUUUUGCCUUUAUGUCAUCCACAACCUUCCCCGCAAGUUCCUUCACGAGCUUCCUCUGCCAGUGCUCGAGCUCCUCAACGGGCUUCUCGAACACCGAGCUAAUUUCCACCGCAUCGGGGCCCACAAGGGCAGCAUGGAGGUGCAAGUAGUGAACAUUUUCGCCCCAUUCACGCAAAACAGAUGUGAGAUAGUUGAUUGCAUUGAGGAUUUUUGUGUAGCCAAUGUUGGUGUUGUGCAGCUGCACCAACCGUCGUCGGAAGUUAUCAAUCAGUUCCAAUUGGAGCUGCAGGAAUUGCAAUCUGCAAAUUUUUGUUUUUUUUUAACAAAAGAAAAGUCUUUUCUUUAAGGAACUUUGGAGGAGUUUUAGGGAUUAAAAUGAAAUUAAAAAAAAUCUUUGAAGGACUUCUAUGAAAUUUCAAA